ACCUAAAAUCUUUCUUGGAUUUCAAAAUUUCGUAAAUUUGAAAAGUUUUAUUAGAAACUCCAAUAUGAGCGAUUUGUCGGACUUUUCUGCUACAAAAGGAGUAGAUAAUGAACUUCAAGAUUUUCUUUUAGCAGAAAAACAAAAAGCCCAAUUUCAUGCUCAGAUCCAUGAAUUCAACGAUUUUUGUUGGGAUAAAUGUGUGGAUAAGCCUGGCGCGAAACUAGACUCCCGCACUGAAACCUGCAUUACAAACUGCGUGGAGAGAUUCAUCGACGUCUCGCUUCUUAUUACAAAUCGUUUUGCACAGAUGUUGGAAAAAGGAGGCGGCAUGAACUAAUGUACAAUUUUAACAUAUUUAAGGCAUUUAACUUUGCAUGGUCUGAUAUAGUAGUUGCCAUUGCAAAGUACUAGAAAAUAAAUUGUGAUGUUGAAGUCUGUAUAAUAAAUGUAGCAUUUACGUUAAGCCCUCGCCUAUUCUGUUAAAAAAUAUACUGUAUUGAAGGCAUACCAGGAGAAAACAGAUGACUAAAAGCUCUGAAUGUUCUCAAGAAUGUAUCACAUUGUUAGAUUGUUAAUAAAUAAAAUGCAGUAACAAUAA